AUGGAGAGCGGCGCGGCCGGACGCCUGGACGCCGCUGCCUUCCUGGGCGCCUGGCGCCGCUUCGACGCCGACGACAACGGCUACAUAGAAGGGAAGGAGCUCGACGACUUCUUUCAUCAUCUCCUGGAGAAACUGGGACCAGAAGACACCAUCACGGAAGAAAAAGUUCAGAGGAUGAAGGAGCAGUUCAUGUCCGCCUACGAUGUCAGCACCGAUGGCCGCUUGCAAAUCCAAGAGCUUGCAAAUAUGAUCUUGCCAGAUGAUGAAAACUUCCUGCUGCUUUUCCGCCGAGAAACUCCCUUGGACAACAGCGUGGAGUUCAUGCGGAUCUGGCGCAGCUACGAUGCUGAUAGCAGUGGAUUUAUUUCAGCUGGCGAGCUCAAAGAUUUCCUGCGAGAUCUCUUUUUGCAGCAUAACAAGGUGGUUGCCGAAGUAAAGCUGGAAGAAUAUACUGACACGAUGAUGAAAAUCUUUGACAAAAACAAGGAUGGACGGCUGGACCUGAAUGACCUGGCAAGGAUUCUGGCGCUUCAGGAAAAUUUCCUUCUUCAAUUUAAAAUGGAUGCUUGCAGCACAGAGGAAAGGAGAAGAGAUUUUGAGAAAAUCUUUGCACACUACGAUGUUAGUAAAACGGGAGCACUUGAAGGCCCAGAAGUGGAUGGGUUUGUCAAAGACAUGAUGGAACUGGUCAAGCCCAGCAUCAGCGGGGUGGACCUGGACAAAUUCCGCCAGAUUCUGCUCAACCACUGCGAUGUGAACAGGGACGGGAAAAUUCAAAAAUCGGAACUGGCCUUGUGUCUUGGGCUUAAAAUGACCCCAUAGCUGUGGCGGUGCUUGUGGCUGUGUUUUCCUUGUGAGAUUGCCUGCUACUCCUGGUAAAAGUGUGCUGUGUAAGCAGGCAGGUGGUAGGGCAGGGGGGCAUUUGUAUGAAGGGGCAGCAGACUGGGGAGGACAGUUUUAUCAGUGCAUACAAAUACCUGAAGGGAGGGUGCAAGGAGGAUGGAGCCAGGCUCUUUUCAGUGGUUCCCAGUGCCAGGUCAAGAGGCAAUGGGCACAAACUGGAAAACAAGAGAAGCACUUCUGUGCUGUGCCGGUUGCAACUGCCCAGAGAGGCUGUGGGGUCUCCUCCUUGGGGAUCUCCAAAAUCUGCCUGGACGUGGCCCUGGGUGGCCUGCUCUGGGUGUCCCUGCUGGAGCAGGGCUGGGACCAGGCGGCCUCCGGAGGUCACCUCAGCCAUGCUGUGAGUCUGUGACAAGUGUCAGUGGGUGAUAUUCAGUAGAUGCCGCUGCUUGUGGGACCCUCCAGCAGCUUCUCUGCCCACAAGCACACCAUUUGCUCAGAAAAGGGGCUGCUCGCCUACUCCUGCCCCCGUGAAACACUGCCCAGCC